AUGAUAAGGCAUUAUGACCUGCAUUUGAAAUUUUCAGUAUUGCCUAUUAAAAAUUGUAUCAAAUGUCCAGUUUGCAGCAAGUUCGUGCUGCCGGACGACAUCGAGUGUCAUCUUGUCAUGUGUCUCACCAGGCCGCGUCUCUCGUAUAAUGAGGACGUGCUGAGUGACGCGAAGGGUGAGUGUGUGAUUUGUCUGGAGGAACUCUCCGCUGGUGAUACCAUCGCGCGUUUGCCAUGCCUCUGUAUCUACCACAAGGGAUGUAUAGACCAAUGGUUCGAAGUGAACAGAUCGUGCCCGGAGCACCCCGGCGACUAG